ACAUAACCACCAAACAAACAACCAAGUUUUCAUCAACCUUGAUUUGUACUUGCAUAACGUCAACCCAAGCUGCAAAGAUUGACUAUGUCCACUCAAUGUCAAAGUCAACUCAGUUACUUAAAUGCUCCCCCGACCUUCGGCUUGCAGUUACUUAACACCAAUGUAAAAAGCGAAUGGUUAAAAGAAUUUAAACAAUCCGAGUCCACAUCCUGCGUAAUAAGAAUUCCAAAGCCAUUACAUAGACCAAAAUAAUAUGAUUUCCUGCCAUAAUUACAAAAAUUUAAACUCGUAAACAUAAACAAUAGAGUCUAAAUAUGUACAUAUUGGAUGUUUGGUUUGGUUCUUGGAAUGUGGCUGCCAAAAUUUUCCAGGCAAAGUGAUGAUAGAAAAUUUCAGCCAGCAAUAAUUUGUGGUAUGUUUCAUUGUUCGGUAAAAUAAUUUUGAAACAAUGAUGUUUUGAGAAUUGAAGGUAUGCAGAAUUGCAGAGUUUUCAUAAGAAGAAUAUUUUGUUUGUUUCUCACUAAUGUUGAACAACACAACACUUGCUAUCUCGUCGAUCAAGAUUUCUUAGUUUUCAAUUCAUAAAGAAAGUGUGUCACUUUGUUAUUCCAAUUGUCAUCAGUACAAAUUUAUUUUCUCUCUCGCCACUACCUAAACAUUUAUCCAGGCAAACAAGCCAACUUAUUUUUUUGGAAAGAUAAUUCAAAAUCCUGCAUAAUGCAAUAUAUUCUGCUCAUCAACUUUGUGCUAAUCGUGCUUCCCCACGCCAAGGCGGUGGACUCACCCCGGAUGGUCAUAAAGGCCUUUAACAUGUCAAGUUGUGUGGUCAUUAACGGGACGGUUAAUUUGAGGCCCUGUAUUUGGGAUUCGCCAGAAAAGAAAAACAAAUCAAGUAUUGCCCCCCAGUACGUGAAACAACAGGUGUUGUUUCACCGUGUUAAAUUGCAAGACCUGGUCGAAGACGCAACCGACGAAAUAGGCGUGGACAACUAUAGAAACACCUACUUCAUUUGGUUUAUAAACGGGUCGGAUACUUGCGUCGUGCAAAAAAAUUCGACGGUGGGGACUGGGAGCUGUAGGCUCCCGAGGGCGCGAUUUGAUAUUUUGGAAAUAGACCUGCCGACCUCUAUGAAGAACGGAACCAUCCCGGCCUACACAAUCCGAGGGAGGUCCAAUCACUGCUGGGGAUAUGACACAACUAGGAAGAUGCCACAACCAUUAGUAAGGACCACGUGCAAUAUCUCAGCAAAGAGCAAUGUAAGUAAUUUAUUUACAUUGUGCCGCGAUACCGACCUCUGCGACAUACAACUCCAUCCUCCUGCUCCCCCCACAACUUUGGCCACCACCACUGAAGCAAAUUUGCAGACCACUACAAUUCUACCUCCACCCAUCGUACUGAAGGUGAAAAAAUCGGGCUCAGCUAACGUUGUGGCGGCUACCGGCAUGUUGGCGACCGCUCUUGUGCUCUUGGCGAUCCAUCUUGUUUUCCCUGGUUAAAAUGUCCCAAAUAUUCGGAUUGUAUUGCAUACAUAUUUUAUGUAUUAAAUUUUCUUGGGCUAUGAAUUUUAUUAACCAAAUCUAUUAAUCAAAACCGCAACCUAAAAUUAGAGAAAAUGAACUAAUUUAAAAAUAAUGCAACUUCAUUAUACUAUUCAACUCUUUGCUGAUAAUUGAAUAAAUAAAAUAUACAAGAAUUUGUGGCUGAUUUCCAUUUGAA